UGUAAGUAGUGCGCCUAGUUCACGGCAGCGAGUGAUCUUCGGACAAACGCGGAGCGUAGCUUCUCGCGUGAAGUAAACAGUGGCCAACACAAGUGCUGGAAACAUGAGUUCUCCGAAGAAAGUGUACGUUGUUGGGGUGGGCAUGACAAAGUUUGAAAAGCCAGGUAGAAGAGAGAAUUUUGACUAUCCAGACAUGGCAAAAGAAGCAGGGACAAAAGCCCUAGAGGAUGCUGGUCUUACUUAUAAUGAUAUUCAACAAGCUUGUGUUGGGUAUGUAUAUGGUGAUACAACUUGUGGACAAAGAGCAUUGUAUCAACUUGGCAUGACUGGAAUCCCUAUUUACAAUGUUAACAAUGCUUGCUGUACUGGUUCUAGUGCACUGAUGUUAGCCAAACAAUUGAUUGAAGGAGGUGUUGCUGACUGUGUCAUGGCAAUUGGGUUUGAAAAAAUGGAGAAGGGACCAUUAUCUGGAAAAUUUCAUGAUCGUACAUCCCCAAUGGACAAGCACUUGGAAACUAUGGUAAAUCUGCGAGGUUUCGAUAAUAGCCCAGUCACAGCACAGUUGUUUGGCAAUGCAGCAAAAGAGCACAUGGAAAAAUAUGGGACCAAAGUUGACCAUCUGGUUAAAAUUGCCUACAAGAAUCACAAGCAUUCAACUAACAAUCCAUACUCCCAGUUUCAAGAAGAGUAUUCACUUGAUGAAAUCAGAAAUUCUCCUUCUGUGUUUGACCCUUUAACUAAACUGCAGUGUUGCCCUACAUCUGAUGGAUCAGCAGCAGUUAUCCUUGCCAGUGAGGACUUUGUCCGAAAGCAUAAUCUCAAAGGUCAAGCUGUGGAGAUAAUAGGCAUGGAGAUGAGUACAGACACCCCUUCUACCUUUGGCCGCAGUUGCAUCAGUUUGGUUGGCUAUGAUAUGACGAAGAAUACAGCUGACAGACUUUUUGCUAAAGCAGGUGUAAGUCGUGAUGAUGUAAGUGUUGUUGAACUUCAUGACUGUUUUUCUGCCAAUGAACUGAUUACCUAUGAAGCCCUAGGACUUUGCCCUCCUGGGAAAGCUGGGGAAUUCAUUGACAGUGGUAAUAACACCUACGGGGGGAAAUUUGUCAUUAAUCCAAGUGGGGGACUUAUAUCUAAAGGUCAUCCUUUGGGUGCAACAGGCUUAGCUCAGUGUUCUGAAUUAACCUGGCAGCUUCGUGGAAUGGCAGGCAAGCGACAAGUUCCUGGCGCAAAGCUUGCUCUGCAGCACAAUGUUGGGCUAGGUGGAGCUGUGGUCUGUGCAUUGUACAAAAUAGGCUUCCCGCAAGAAAAAGGGUAUCAGGUUCAAGCAGUUCCUGCUAGUGCAUCGGUGAAUGAGAGUGACUUCAAAUCAUCCUCUGUGUUUAAGGAAAUUUCUAAGCGUUUAAGUGAAGAUGGGAGCAACAUUGUGAAGAAAGUGAAUGGAGUGAUUGCCUUUAAAGUGAAAGGAGCUGAGGGUAAGGAGGGAGUCUGGCUAGUUGAUGUCAAAAAUGGCUGUGGUUCUGUCAAGUUUGGUAGUACUGACAAAGCAGAUACAACUCUGUCUAUGAAUGAUGACGACUUUGUGGGUCUGAUGACUGGAAAACUUAACCCACAGACGGCAUUUUUCCAAGGCAAGUUAAAAAUUGGUGGAAAUGUAGGGCUUGCAAUGAAACUGAGAGAACUGCAGCCCAAUACAUCCAAAUUAUAAACUAAAUCUACCACUAUGCAUCCCUUGUUUUCAUCUUUCUUUUGUCUAAUCAGAUUUGGUGAUUAGUAGAAAGACAUGGAGUAACAUUAGUUCACUCUAAGCAAUUGUUUCUUCAAGUGUGAAGAGAAAUAUUACUGUGAUGGUGGAACGAUUAUGGUUUUAUUUGGAGUGCAUGCAGAAGUUGUUGAACAACGGUGUAAGGGUGUGGUAGCAUUCAAAGAGUGUUAAAGAUUUGUGACAAUCUUAUACCAGUUUUUAGCUCAAUUCCUUUAGCUCCAGGUUAGGUUAUUCAUUGGACUGUUUUUUAAUUGAACUGGAUUGAAGAUAUAUUACACUUAAAAAUGAUGUGAGAAAUUAAAAGGCCAAGCAAGAGUAAGGAAAUAAAGGUGGGUUAUCAAACAUUGCAAAUACAAUGUUGGAACCCACUAGUAAGGGUAGGUAAAGAGCAUCUCAAACAGACUUGGAAUCAUAGUCUUAAACAAGUUGAUUGUAGCCAAAUCAUCUGCUAAAUAUUAGGGAAAGUGGGGUACAAUGGUGGAGGCCCUUGAGCGUAAGUAGCCUAGAGGAGUUGAUGCAGAUCUCGGAAAGUGAGCACAAGGCAAAUUUAGGGGUUUAAAAAAAAACCAAACUAAAUCUUAAACUUAAGAGAUGUUUUUGUGAGGUUGAAAUCAGUGAUUUGUAUUUUACCCAGUAAAAUCUGAUCAAUAAAUUUCUCAGAAUUUCAGACAAGCUUUUCCCCCAUUUCUUACCGCACAUAAACUACUUACAUAAUUUAGAGUUCCAUAAAUUCUUAAAUCUCCCAAUGAAAAAGACCUUCCAUUUAGUCCUUGUAUUUAAUAAUCAUAGAAAUAUUAAAUCUAUGACUUUGUAGGUUGACAUGUUUUUUGCAUUUUUUUGUUGGUUGUGUGGACAAGGUACAUUACUACCAGUCUUUAAAUUUAUUGUUCAUUUUGUAAAAAUUGCAAUCAUUAUGUUAAUCAUAUUUUAAGAUUUUAAUUUUCCAAUUUAUCUUAAAUAUUUCAAAGAAUGUCUUUGAAUGUACAUAUUUAUUGCCAUAUGUGCGUCUUCCUAUUGCUAUUUCCUUUACAGAUGGAAUUUUAAGGUGUUCCUUGUGAAAAUCAUUAUUACUGCAAUUGAUGUCAAAAUGAUAGUGAGCUGAAUAACAGAUAAUAAAACAACCCACCUGUUUU